AUGGAGCAUGAUGAAAUAAUUUCAUUGAGUGAAUUCAAACAAGAAGACGAUCAUGAGCAAUUAAAUGAAAACGAUAUUCUUCGUGAUCGUACUCCACAACAUGAAAAAUUUCCAACAACACCGAUAUUGAAUGAAGAUUUAUGUAUUACAUUCAAUUCUUUGCAGAGAAAUCAUCAUCAAAUUAAUUUGCAUCAUAGACAAGUAUUGUUGAAUCAUUUGAAACUAGCUUAUGAAUUCUCGGAUCGAUAUAUUCGCUCCUCGUUGGGCCCCUAUAGUAGAGAUAAAUUAAUUGUGAAAGGGGAUUUACAAGGGACGAUCAUGGUCACCAACGAUGGUAGAACAUUAAUGGAACAAAUGUUCAAGCUGAGAAGCAUGAAUGAAAAUCGAGAACAACAUCCAAUACACACACUAUUAUAUCAUUUAUCGAAAAAUCAAGACACUACCAUUGGUGAUGGAACAACAAGUGUAGUGGUGCUAUGCGGAGAAUUGUGUAAACUCACAAUUGAACUCAUUGAAAAGUGGGGUUUAAGCGUUGAUAGCAUUAUGAAGGGCUAUUACAAGACGUGUGAGUACGUUUUGAAUGAAUGGUUGAGCAUUUUCGAAUAUGCAAAUUCAGCAAGUGAACAAGUACGAAUAGAGAGAGUAUCUAGAUUUUUCAAUUUGAACAAGUUAAACGUUCAAGAUCAACAGGAAAUAGAAUUAACUGUUGCCAAGUCAAGCUUACUCUCCAAACAAGUGAAAUCCAUGCGUGAGCAUUUGGCAUCAAUUGCAGUCUCAGCAGUACACAUCACUAAUGGAAAUUUGAGCUUUGUCAAAAUAGAUCCAUUAAUAACCAGAAAAGAAAAGCAAACAAUUUCCAUUCGAGAUUCUAGCAAUGCAAGCUCAGAUGCAGAAAUUAUUGAAGGUGGUAUUUGCUUGACAGGAAAAAGCUUGUCCUCAAAUUUGAACAUGCCAUCAUUUAGGAAGAAUUGCAGAGUCGCUCUAUUUUCUUGCCCUAUUGAAACUCCUCGCCUGAAAACAAGACAUUUCAUCAACAUUAAUAGAGCAGAACAAUUGGAAGAGUUUGAGCGAGUGGAAAAUUCUUAUUUUGAGCAGGUCUCUCGAAAGCUUGAAGAUUUACACAUUGACCUUGUAAUUUCUCAAUGGGGAUUCGACAAUCGAUUCAAUGACUACCUCAUAGAAAGAAAUUUAAUUGGAAUUCGCUGGGUAAGCGCUGAGGAUUUGGAUCGAAUUGCUCUUGCCUCUCACGCUACCAUAUGUGCUCGAGUGAAUGACUUGAAUGAGCAAAUGAUUGGUUUUGUUGGUUCUUACCAAUUCGAUGAGGACGAAAAGACCAUUAUUCUAAGUCAUUGCAAGGAGCCAAGAGUUUGUUCCAUUAUUGUUCGAGCUCCCAAUGAAUACCAAGCAGAGGAAACUGCUCGCUCACUGAAUGACGCGCUCAUGAAUGUCAAUUCGGUUUUUACCAUGUUCAAGAACAAUUACUCAAGCACAAUUCCUUCAAACUCAUCAGAAACGAAAGAAAAAACAUCUCUGGUAGUACCUCCGCUUGUCUAUGGAGGUGGCUGCUUUGAGACUGAAAUUUAUUCCAUCAUUAUGGAAAAUCUGAAUCGCAUUGGCUCGCAGGACGACGAUUUCACACUGCAGACCAUUGCCAAAUAUUGGGCCAAAAGUUUGUUAGUGAUUCCUGCAACAUUUGCUCAAAAUGCUGGCCUCAGUCCUGUUGAAACUGUUCAAACUCUCAUUGACAAGCACAAGGAGGGAGGAGAGAAUCGAUAUUUUGGACUUUAUGCACAAACGUUGAAUGAUGACGGUGACAGAAGUGAUAAAAGAGAAACAGAUUUGAUUGAUUUAUACAACCAACCCUCCUCAAAAACAAGCAAUUUUUUGCUUCAAGUCAAGAACAUGAGCGACACUGAAGUGAUUGAAAAUGUCUUGAUCAAAAAGAACAUGAUGCGGCUCGCCACUGAAAUGGUCAACAUGAUCAUCAAAAUUGAUAAUGUCAUUUAUUAUUGA